AUGAACGUCCUCUCAAGCUACGCACAUGCAGCGUCCAUUGUCACCCCAGAAUCGCUAACAGAAAACACACUUGCCUCUCUCGAACAAAUCUUCACCCGUCCACUCGUGCUUGCAGCAUUCGAUCUUAUCGACCGCUCAAAUGUUCUCGAGUACUCUAGUCCCGGGGGACAUUACUACCAAGUGUUUGGCUCCACCGCAAGCUAUCAAGUCUUCCUCGACCUUCCCAGUCCUACUCCCGCCUACUGCACUUGCCCCGCGUUCUCAUAUCUGCUGUUAUCUCCAGAAUCUACUUUAAUGUGCAAACACAUACUGGCUGCUCUAUUCGGUCGUAAAUUAGGACGAAUCAUUCAACGACAACUUAAUCCCGAGGAAUUGGCUACAACAUUGCUCCAGGAAUAG